AUGGAUGUGCUGCACCGACAUGCGCUGAUGCGGGGCCUGCUGCCUUGCGAACCGUGGAAGCGGCGGCUGGCACAGCUGGCGGAGACGCAGGUGGAGCUGCAGAACGCACACAUCCUCGUGCACCGACCGGAGAACAAGAAGAUUGCCUUCCUGGAUAUUGACCGCGCAGAAAACAGGUACUUGCUCUCUGCUGGCACCUCCAAACACAUCCGCAUCCACGACCUGGAGCCCGUGCGGCGCCAAAGCUUGGGUAUGGACGUGCCCACCCCGUGCGAUGACUACGGCGACGGCGCUUCUCAAAGCUCAACGCGCAGCCGUCGCGGUCGAGACCAAGCAGAGCCCCGACCUAUGAUCAGCUACGGCGGUGCCAACCUGGCGCAGCGGCUGCGGGAGGAGGACCGUGCAACCCGCCGGCGCAACCGAGCCCUCGCAUGCCGCGUGCCCGAGGUGGCCUUCAUCUCCGCCGGGAGGGAGGGCGCGCACACGGGCGGCAUCGGAACCGUGCAGUGGUAUCCCCAGGACAGCGGCAUGUUCACCUCAAGCGCACGGGACGGAAACCUCAAGUGCUGGGACACAAACGAGCUUGCCGUCAUUGAGGAGUUCACGGGCUUCCAGACCCUGCGUCACCACGCGCAGUCGCCCGUUGCCAGCGGCCACGAGCUCAUCGCCCUCGCCACGGGCCCCGCCGUCGUGCUGUGCGACCUACGCACGGGCAUGCGCACGCACUCGCUCUCCAUCCACCAGAAGGCGUCCACGUGCGUGUGCUGGUCGCCCACCAGCGAACACCUCCUUGUGUCCGGCACCAUCGACGGGCAGGUGCUGGUGUGGGACGUGCGACGAGCAAAGCCGUGCCUCAGCGUGCUGGAUGCACGUAACAACGUGCAGGCAACAGCGCGCAUGCGGCGUGCACACCACGGCGCUGUUGCAUUUGCCGCCUUCACGCCAGACGGCGAGCACAUAAUCACGUGUGGGGAGUCGCGACGCAAGUGGGACAUGCGCACAUUCAGGAACACGCUCGUGCACUUCACCAAGGACCACAGCACCUCUGCACGGUCCUGCGCCAUCACCAACGCCCACGGCCGCACGCUCAUGUACUCUGCCGCCACAGACCACACGGGCCUGCUUGUGCACGACCUUGAGACGGGCCAGGCCACGACCACGCUCCUGGGCCACUUUGCAGCCGUCAGCGCAGUCACAGCCACGCGCACGCACGGGCAACCCCCAAUCAUCGUGUCGGCAUCUGCGAUUGGCAGUCUGGCGCUGUGGAAGGCGCCGCGGGUCAUCACGCACCCAACACCAGAUAUGACGCGCCAUCUCGCUGCGUCGAUGCGGGACAUGGACAGGCGGUUUCCGCUGCCUGUGCGCUUGUCGUUGGAGGCGCCUGCACUGCACCGAUUACAGCGGGGAGUUCGGCCCGCAGGGGACAUUAUCUGCGAAACUGGCACGCGUCACCACAGCACCGUCAGCAGCGGCCACAACGACGGCAGCUGCAACAGCGGCAACGCAGCCCGCCCCACGAGUGUCGGGAGCGAGCACAUCUGCACCUCCGGCUGA